AUGGGAGGUCAAAGGACUUUUACUAUCGUUAUUAAGCUGGGGACGAGCUCCAUCGUCUGUGAAGUUACACAUGAACCCAUCUUGUCCAAUCUGACUCUCAUCGUCGAGACGGCUGCAAAGCUUCGUAAGGAUGGGCAUCGAGUUAUCCUCGUCUCAUCGGGAGCUGUCGGGGUGGGCUUGCGGAGGAUGGAUGUUGACACUAGGCCGGCUCAUCUCCCUCGAAUACAGGCUUUGGCAGCAGUUGGACAGUGCAGACUAAUGAGUCUAUGGGAUAGCUUGUUUGCACAUCUGCGGCAGCCAGUUGCUCAGGUCCUAUUGACGAGGAGUGACAUUGCGGAUACAAACCAAUACCGCAAUGCGCAAAACACCCUAACUGAACUUUUGAAUAUGGGAGUGGUUCCGAUUGUGAAUGAAAAUGAUACGCUGGCGGUUUCGGAAAUCAAAUUUGGAGACAAUGAUACCCUAUCUGCCAUCACUGCUGCUAUGGUUAGUGCGGACUAUCUCUUCCUGAUGACCGACGUUGACGGUUUGUACACAUCCAAUCCCCGCACCAACCCCGACGCACAGGUGAUAGAGGUAGUAUCCGACAUAUCCAACCUUGAAGUCGACGUAUCUUCCGCAGGAUCCUCUCUGGGCACUGGCGGGAUGAGCACGAAGAUAGUCGCAGCACGUCUAGCAACGAGUGCGGGCGUCACGACCAUAAUCACUCGCAGCUCACGGCCAGGAAAUAUCCGCGAUAUCAUCAAUUACCUCCAAUCAAACCCGCACAACAACGCCACCUCUCCCUCUCCCACAAUGAAAACUAGAGAUGAAAAGUCCAUCUCUCCACUGUCACCACCACCACCCGCACACACCCGCUUCCUCCCAUCAACCUCCCCCAUCCACUCGCGCUCCUUCUGGCUACUACACGGCCUCGCUCCUCAUGGCACAAUAUACAUUGACUCUGGCGCCUACAACGCCACACUGAACAAAGCCAGCUUACUCCCCGCUGGCGUAGUAGGUGUCGAAGGUCACUUCGGCCAACAAGAAUCCGUACGGCUGGUCGUGGUUGAGCGACGUUCCACCUCUGCCUUGAACGGUGACUUCCCGCAUCAGGGCGAGGAGCCGCGGGAAGUCGGACGGGCACUGGUUAACUAUGGCAGCAAUGAGAUUGCGCGGAUAAAGGGGCUACGGAGCACGCAAAUUCAGUCUGUGCUGGGGUAUGCGGAUAGUGAGUAUGUGGCGUUGAGGGAGAAUAUUGCGUUCUUUCAGACAUCAGAGGCGUCGAGUCGGCCCAGUACUCCUGGGACGGAUGAACGGUUUAGGCUUUUAAGUCGACCCCAGUCGCGGGCAGCUUGA